AGACAGUUCAUAUACAGCGUGCCCCAAAUCACACGGUGCUUAUUUUUUUUAAAGAAAUUAAAAAAAAAUACCAGCGAUUUAAAUCCUUUUGAUUUAUACAAAAGAAAAAAAAAGUGAAAAUAAAAACAUAAAAAAUGGCUUUCAAGAUUGUUUUCGUUUUGUGUGCUUUGUUGGCUUGCGCUUAUGCCAAACCAGGUGGUCCCGCUGCCUAUUCCAUUUCAGCUCCCAGUGCUGAUCAUGCUUCGGUGGGACAAAGUCAAGAGCACACGGUCAAGGGUCAUUAUGGUCAAUCAUCACAAUCGGACUAUGCUAGUCAUGUACAAACUGCCCAUUCACAAUCGCAUGUACAACGUUCGAGCAUUAGCAAUGAUGCAGGCUAUGCUGCUCCCGGUCAUGUAGUUGCCGCUGCACCUGUAGCUCAUGCCAUUGCUGCUCCAGCUCCCGCCGCCGCCGUUGUUGCCCAUGCCGCACCUGCCUAUGCCCAUGGCCUGACUUAUGCCGCUGCUGCUCCUGCCUUACAUCAUGGCAUUAGCUAUGCUGCUGCUUCUCCUGCCAUUCAUCAUGGCAUUAGUUAUGCCGCUGCUGCUCCUGCUCUCCAUCAUGGUAUUAGCUAUGCUGCCGCUGCUCCUGCCCUCCACCAUGGCAUCACCUAUGCCGCUGCUGCCCCUGCUCUUCAUCAUAGCAUCAGCUAUGCUGCUCCUGCCAUUGGCCAUGCCUAUGCUGGUCAUGGUUAUGCUAGUCAUGCCUAUGCUGCUCCUGCCUACUCAGCAUCGCAUAGCUAUGUGGCUGCUGCUCCAGCCAUCAAAAUUGCCGCUGCUCCCGCUUAUGCUCAUGGUGCUGUUUUGGCUGGUCAUGGUUAUGCUGCUCCUGCUUAUGCUGCCCACUAUGCUGCUCCUGCCUUAGUGAAAACUGCUGUAGCUGCUCCCGCUUUGGUGCAUGGUCAUGGCAUUCAUUAUGGUCAUUACUAAACUUAGAGAGCAAUACAAAGGACCCACCUUAAACAACGCUUACGCCCUACCAUCAAAUGUAUUGAAUUCUUUUCCAGCACAACUUCUGUUUUUUCAGCAUUUUCUGCAAAAAGUAGUCUUACUCCCCAAUACCUGCAACACACUGAAAACUCUGCUAUGUAAAUAAUUAAGUCCACUUUCAAGGAAGUUAACCGGAGAUUGUUAGCCAGCUGAGAAAACAUUUUUUUUGUUUAACAAAUUUUGUUGUUUUUUGCUGGAGGACAUCUCCUAUUACGUUGUAUGAGAAAACUUGAAGGAAUUGUCCCCUGCUGCUUGUAAAUAUUUUCAAUUCAUUUCAUUUUUUUUUUAAUAUUUCUGCUGUUAAUGAAUGAAUGUAACGAGAAACUAAAAUAAAAUAAAAUUUAUCGCGGUUAAAUUUUACUAUGUAAAACAAACAAACAAACAACAAACAAAUAAAGAGAACAAAAUA